UGGCAUGAGGCUACGCGAGCGGAGCUAGCGUCAUGACGUCACGGUGAGCGCGUAGUACGUGCCGCAACUUCCGGUAGGUAGCGGAAGUGUAUCUUAGCAGCAGGAUGAGCGGGACGGAGCUGUCCCAGGCCGCGUCUCUGGCACCGGGCCCCCCCGCCCAGCCCGGGCCCGCCACCGAGAACAAGCCCAGCCCGGCUAACAUCCCCAAGCCCGGGCCCACGUCAGGUGCAGCUGCUGCCGGUCUGCCGGGGAGAGAGCUGGGGGAGCGGAGAGCGAGCGUUCCUAUCUCUGCUGCGUCAGCUGCAGCCCCUUCUGAAAGCUCCCUCUCCAACGGAGUGUACCUGCCCCCAGGAGUGACGAAUGGAGAUAUAAAGCCGGUCAUUUCCUCUACACCGCUGGUGGAUUUCCUGAUGCAGCUGGAAGAUUACACUCCUACUAUCCCAGAUGCUGUCACUGGAUAUUACCUGAGCCGGGCUGGAUUUGAGGCAUCAGACCCACGGAUUAUUCGUCUGAUCUCGCUGGCAGCUCAGAAGUUUAUCUCUGAUAUUGCCAAUGAUGCUCUGCAGCACUGCAAGAUGAAAGGCACAGCAUCGGGGAGUUCCCGGAGCAAGAGCAAAGACAAGAAGUAUACUUUGACCAUGGAAGAUCUUGCGCCCGCUCUGGCUGAAUAUGGCAUCAAUGUAAAGAAGCCGCAUUAUUUCACCUAGCGCCGUGUGUGGCAGAGACUGUUGGAGCUGGAAUACAGCUGAUCUUUUGCCCCAGUGACCUGACUUAAUUGAACGCUGACAUGUCUGCGUAGGGUCGGCCCUGUACCGAACGAUGGAAAAGAGAUUAUUUGUCCAUUGCUACAGUUCGCGGGUCUGUAUAACGCGUGUGUGCUGGAUUCUGGGACAUUUUAUCAUCUGCUAAAUAUGUCUGCCCCCAGUGAUUGAGCUGACACAAUGCGGUCUAUUCCCGCUGGCCUGUCUGUGUGUGGAGUAAUAGCACCGGCCUCUCCCGGAUCAGGAUAUCAUGUAAAUAGUGCCACCAUUUCUCGCACUUUCUGUACCCUGCAAUUCUGUUACUUAGAGCUACUGUGGCGUAAAUGGAGAGAUUAAGUUCUUCAUAACCUUUCCUUUAGUUUCGGGGUUAACCCCUCGUGUGUUUUAUGUAAAAUAAUGUUUUGUGAUGUCUGAAUGGAGAUCUGUCCCAUUUAUAAAUAGCUCUUUAUUUUCAAAUGUUUGCUUGGUAUCUUCUGUAUAAGGAACGGCACGGAGCCCCGUAAGCCUCACGCCCAGGUUUGGUUUCCCCAGUCCUAGCCACCUGUAAAUUGGGUCUCGUGGUCUUUACAAACUGAGCUGUAGCCCAAGUCUGGGAUAGUUUCCAGGACUCCUCUCAUAGGAUUUUGUCUGGUAAAUACGAUCUGUGCGCCACCCUCGGAGGUCACUAUGCCGCCUCUGCACUUACUGGAGAGUUUUAAUGGAGUGCUCACCCACCAGGUGGUCUUCAGCAGUGUAGGACAGGGUGGAGGGUUGGGGUGUAUUAUGAUAGAAGUCACGGACCAUCAAGUCAUGCGGCAGCAGAAAGUCCACCAUAUACAGGGCGGAGUGUUCUUCCUUCUAAUUGUGGCAUUGUAUGUAUAACGUACUGAAAAAUAAAUGAAAGAAUUGUA